CCUACCUCAACGUCCAUCAUAAUCAGUAAUAUAAUAUUUUGAUAAUGGGCGAGGUAUUUCGCCCAGAAACACUUGUUAUUGAUAUUAGUAUUCCGUCAUCAAGUAUGAGUUUGGAUGUAAAACCACAUGUUAUAUAUAUAUUAGAUAUAAAGCUAUCAAUGAGGUCAUAUACACUUAAAAAGAGAUAUUCGGAGUUUAUUACUCUAGAUAAACAGCUUUUGGAGGUUACAGGACGCUCACCUCCAGUAGGAUUACCACCAAAAUAUUAUUUAUUAAAUAUGUUUUCAAGACCGUCAUUAAUUGAGGAACGACGGCGUGGACUUGAAGCAUAUGUCAUUGGAAUUCAUCGCAGUGAAGAUGCAUGCUGGAGACAGAGUCCAGCAUGGAGACAGUUUUUGAAACUUCCGGUUUAUACGAUUGGACAAGCUAUGAUUUCAGGAGAAAAUUCAGGAAUGCAAUUUUCAGAUCAGUCUUGGAUGUGUUUAUUUCAUGAGACGAAAUUGCAACUUCAAGAGGCUAAACGUCAUGUAUCAAGACGGGGAUAUAUGGAGGGAGCGAUUGCGUCUCAAGCUACACGAGUUUCAUCAAUCAAGGGAUUUUCUACGAUUGAUUCAUCCAUAGAACAGUUAAUUCAAGGGUUAGAUAACCCGAAUAUUCAUACGAGUAUUGGGGAAAGAGAAUUAUGGCGUAGAAAGGAUUUGUUGGAGAAUAUCAAGAGAGAAUAUGCAUUUUUGAAGCAUAUUGUUUAUAAUAAUAGCCAAGUUAAGCAUGAUAUUCCAUCUUCUAUUCAAACAUGGAAGGAUUGCAAAACAUCGACUACACGGAGUAAUCUGGAUAGAGUACCAGAGACGGAGCAAACUCGAGAAUUGAGUAGUUUGGGGUUAAUUCAUUUACAAAAGGAUAUUCUUAAUAAACAAGAUGAACAGCUUGAGGCUUUUUUACCAAUUUUAAGAAAACAAAAAGAAAUGGUUACAGCAAUUGCGGAUGAAUUAAAUAUGCAAAAUGAUAUGUUGAAUGAAUUGGAUGAAAGUGUUCAAAAAACUCAUUUAAAACUUAAAUCUGCAAAAAAAAAAAGUGAACAGUUAAAAUAAUCGAUUUUUCAAUAGAUUGAUACCCGUAUAUAUACUU